UCAAUCAACGGGGAGGAAGAACAAAGAAUCGAAGAAAUUGAGCAAAAAAUCUCCUGGGGUUGAAGAAAAUACAGAUGAAAUGAUGCCCAAGUCAUCUUCAGAGCAAACUGUGGGAGGACAUGCGGAGCAAUUGAAAAGACUCCAAGAAAAGGAUCCCGAGUUCUAUCAAUUCUUGCAAGAGCAUGACAAGGAGCUCCUUGAGUUUGAUGAUGAGGAUAUUGAUGACGAUGAAGAGACUGAAAUGGAUGGUGACGAAAUCGAAGAUGAUGAAUUUGACACUGAACAACUUGUUCAUGCAGAUGGAAAGGAGGUCAAGUCAUCCACAAAGGUCAUCACUAGUGCAAUCGUCGACUCUUGGUGUAGUUCAAUUCAUGAAAACAGGAGUUCAGGAGCUAUUAGGUCUCUCAUGAGAGAUUUCCGCACAGCUUGUCAUUAUGGCGAUGAUACUGGUGAAGAUGCUAAGUCAAAGUGGAGUACUAUGUCUAGCACCGUGUUCAACAAGAUCAUGUUAUUUGUUCUAAAAGAAAUGGAUGGAAUUCUUCGUGGCCUGUUGAAGUUACCAACUUCUGGUGGGCAGAAGGAGAUGAUAAAGGAUAUGUCUACUACCAAACGAUGGAAGAGCAACAAUCACUUGGUGAAAUCAUAUCUUGGGAAUGCCCUACAUGUUCUUAAUCAGAUGACUGAUACAGAAAUGAUAUCAUUUACAUUAAGAAGACUCAGAUUUUCUUCUGUAUUUUUGGCUGCUUUUCCAGUUCUUUUAAGGAAAUAUAUAAAGGUUCUUCUUCAUUUCUGGGGUACAGGCGGAGGUGCACUACCAGUUGUCUCUUUUUUGUUUCUAAGGGACCUGUGUAUACAGCUUGGUUCUGAUUGCAUUGACGAGUGCUUUAGAGGGGUGUAUAAAGCUUAUUUAUUGAACUGCCAAUUCAUGAAUGCGUCAAAGCUGCAGCAUAUUCAAUUUCUUGGUAAUUGUUUCGUUGAACUCCUUAGGGUGGAUCUUCCCAAUGCGUACCAGCAUGCCUUUGUUUUCAUUCGGCAGUUGGCAAUGAUCUUACGGGACGCGCAUAGUAGUACCAAGACCAAGAAACCGUCUCAAAAGGCUAACCAAUCAUCCAAGGAAGCACACAAUACUAAGGGCAAGAUAACUGAAAGUGAUGAAGAUGAUGAUGGUGAAGAUAGCAAAGGAGAUGCUGUCUUCAGUUUUUCUUGGCUACCUGCAGGCACUCCCAAAGAUCAAUCGCAGAAAGAGCUGAUUACGAUUUUGAAGAGCGUGAGUUUCAUUCCUCUUUCUCGGUAUUUUGAGAUUUAGAUUUUUUAAAAAUUGUAGCUUUUCUAUAGAUUUUUCAUAAAUUUGUGAGUGAAUGGUCAAAAACAUUAAUAGAGUACGUCAGUUUUUUGAGUUUCGUAUUUGAA